AAAGUAUUUACUGCAGGUGGAGCAACAUAGUUGUGUCUGUUGAAAUAUAACGAUUAUGGAAGGUUUCAGUCUAAAGUGUGUGAUUGUGUUAGCUAUCUUUGGAUUGUUUCUAUCUGACGUAAGGGCGCUAAAGGAGAAUAAAUCUAGAUGGAAUUUUCCAAGAACCAUCCCGAUUGACCAUUCGUGUAAUGUGGCUGGUAGCUGCACUGUUGAACCAUCGGAAGGUGUAUUUAUGGAAGGCUUCUGUGCAGCGAUGUGCCCAAAUACUUCCAGGGAGGUGUACGAUUAUAAAAAACGACAAGCUUGCGGCGACGAUAGUUGUAGGUGUUGCAUCGAGGAGAAGGAGAUUGUUAAGCGUUCGCCGUCACUUCGAUGUAACUUAAUUGACAGCAAAGAUUGUUAUCAACAUGGUGGUUACUGUCAGGACUGGAACGAAGACGGUGCGUGUGAAGCUGGGACCAGACUAAGUGUUCAUUCUACACCCCUCUGUCUAGUCCGUAAUUGUUUCUGUUGUAAACCCCAAACCAAGGGUCAACCGCUGAAUCAAGGAUAUCACACAGUUGUGUUUCUGGAUCCUCACUUUCGAACAUUUGACAACAGACAGUAUAAUUACAACGGCCAAGGAGGAUGUUCGUAUGUUCUAUUUCAAGAAUGCGUGCACAACCCGUCAUUCUUUGUUGUGAUCCACCUUGACUACAAAGACAAAACAGAAAAAACCCUUGUUGAAGACGUGACUGUACAUGUCGAUGACAUGGCUGUCACGCUGGUUUAUAACAACGACAUUUUCUUGAAUGGUAAACUGUUAACUAAACCACUUCCUUGGAAAGUUGGUGAUUUUAGUGUAAAUAGAUACAGCGAACACGUAAAAGUUACAUUGGAUUCUAAGUUUUCCUUGUUAUGGAAUGGCAAAGGUCGUGUCGCACCAACAGUUAAUCCCUCUUUGUAUGGAAAAGUGUGUGGUUUGAUGGGAAACGCCGACGACAAUCCAGACAAUGAUUUCCAGACGCAGAUGCCAGAUGGAACACUGCAACCUACCAAUGAUACCAGAGCAUUCGGCGAUAGCUGGCUUAUUCCAGGAAGCUGUUAAACCAUUGGGUGUGUGUAUUGGGAAAUGGAUUGAAGACAACCAUUGUUCUGGAUUAUGGUAUCAUGUAGUCUACAUAAUUUAGUUUGUCAUAUGCUGCUUGCUUUGCGGAUGCUAAUGCUAGUUAGUGUAAUCAUUAUUGCAUCGCUUAUAACAUAUUUUGUUCGAUUAACAAUUUGUUAUAGUGGCUUGAUUUAAUUUUGCAAUAUUUGUGAAUAUGUGAAUAAAGGGAGCAUACGGUAAAAUUUGAGAA